AUACGGAUAACGUACCGUCCUCAAAGGCCCGGAGGAAGGUUACCAAAUUUCAUAGUACAGCAAGAGUCCUGUCGCAGAGGGGGAAAAAAAAAGGUUUUGGACAGCAGCCAAAACGGGCCUGGAGCUGAUGCGCUGAACGCAGCAAGCGCCCAACGCCUCGCUGAGGAGCGCAGCCUCCACCACGGCCUCGGGACGCAAGGCUCGCCCACAGCGGAUUACAGCGUUGCGCCUCCUGAGAAGGAAAGAAAGAAACGGGGCGGAAGAAGCGCCGCGGGACCUGAGGAGGACCAGGAGUCUGAGUCGGAACUAACUGUAACUGAGCUGAAGGCACUGCGCAAGCAGCAGCAAGCAAAACUAGAAAAGACAAUGUUGGGGGAGGACUCUGAUGAGGAAGAUGAAAAAGAGGAGAAGAGAAAUGAGACCAGUCAGAACAGUGAUAUGAGCUGCUCAUGGGGAAUGGGAGAGGAUGCUGAGGAGGAUGAGGCUGAAGAAAACCCUAUUGCUAUUGAAUUUCAGGAUGCCCAAGAUGCCUUCUAUAUGAAAGAUCCUAGGAAGGCCCUACAGGGCUUUUUCGACAGAGAAGGAGAAGAGUUAGAGUAUGAAUAUGAUGAUCGUGGGCACAAUAGCUGGCUAUGCAGAGUCAAAUUGCCUGUGGAUGAUGCAUCAGGGAAGCAGUUAGUGGCAGAGGCUCUCCAUACAGGAAAGAAGAAAGAAGCAAUGAUACAGUGUGCGCUGGAAGCCUGCAGGCUACUGGAUGCUAGAGGAGUACUGCGGCAAGAAGCAGUAUCCCGAAAAAGGAAAUCAAAGAACUGGGAAGAUGAGGACUUUUAUGACAGUGAUGAUGACACCUUCCUUGAUCGAACUGGCGCCGUAGAAAAGAAACGACUCAACAGAAUGAAAAAAGCUGGUAAAAUAGAGGAAAAACCAGACACUUAUGACACUCUGGUCACAAAAUUAAAUGAAGCUGAAAAUGAGCUUUCUGAGAUAACAGAGAAGCUGAAGGCUUCAGGGAAAGUCCAGUCCCAGCCAGCAACUCAAGAUUCCUUGGAUGAAUUCAUGACAGAAAUAAAAUCUGGAUGCACCUUAGACAGCGUUACACGAAAGAAACUUCACUUGCGCUCUUUUGAACUGAAGAAAGAGCAACAGAGGCUGAAAGGGUUAAUAAAGCUUGUUAAGCCUGCAGAACUACCUGAGCUGAAGCCCCAGUGUGCGAGUUACAAUUUGGACGCAGAGAACAAACCUAAAAAGAUUACCCUGCCUCUCUUUGGUGCAAUGAAAGGGGGGAGCAAAUUCAAGCUGAAAACUGGAAGCUUGGGGAAGUUACCUGUCAAGCGUCCAGAUAUCCCUGAAAGCUUGUUAAAAAUGAAAGAUGAUGGACCAGAGGAGGAGGAGGAAGAAGAGGAGGAAGAAAUGGAAGAGGAGCAAGAAAUAGAUGCAAUAAACAGUAGAGCAUCAAACCUAGAAAUGAAAAUGACAGCAGAGGAAGAAACAGGAAAAGAGACUGAUGUCCCUGCUUGUUCUCCUGGCAAGAUCGAGAAUCUGGAAUCCCUUCAGGAUGGGGUUCGUUUCCUGCCUGAGCCAAAGAUACUAAGGAAUAAAUCUCAGAUGGGCCCCUUACAAGAGAAAUCUCCAGCAUCUGAGACAGUAUGCAAUGAACCUGAAGAGACAUCUGAGAAAGUUAAGAAUAUAAACUCAAGCUCAAGCAAGGUCAGUUACAAUUCCUUGAAACUCUUAAGCUGCAGGAGUCAUGAUAUCACUUAGUAGAUUCCUUAUCAGUGAAGGAGACUAACAGUUUGAUUGUGCGUGACCUGGUAAUAGUAGUGCUUUUCUGCUCUACAAGACCCCUAUGCAAAACCACAUGCCACCAUGAAUCACAGCUUUUUGAGCCUCCAAUGAGAAGGUGAAGUGCAGCAUUUCAAACAUGAUAGAGGUGCCCAUACAAGCCAUAGUAAAACACUAGAGGCUCUCAGUUCAGUCACAAACUUAUUUUUCCAACUUUUCACUUGGCAGUGCUGGUGUUAAGCUUCUGCUAAUCACUUGUUUCCCUGUAUCAAAUGUUUUGUAGAACUUAGGUGCUUUCUGGGCUUUAGCAAUGGUACUGCAAAAUUUUCUCUGAGGAGUAAAUGUUUCUUUGGGGAAUAUGCAUUGGCUGACGCAGAGACUGAACUGAUGAGGAACUAAAGUUACAGCUCAUCUGUGUUGCCAUUAUUAAACUUCACCCUUCUGGAAGAUGAGGAAAGAGACAAUUAUAUGAAAUUACUGUCUUUGGAAAACCCAGUUAUUAUUAGAUUUCAUGGAUGUGCCAGAUAAUGUUCCUCCUGUACAUAAGAUUUGCAUGUCUUCCACAUUUGGAAGCGGGGGACAGGCAAUUACUGUUUUUCUGGAGGUGGGAGGAAACUUCUCUGACAGCAUGCUCUUAAUCUAAUUUGAUUAUUGUGAGAUACUUCCCUUGGGAGUACUUCACUCCCUUGUGUUGGCUGCCAUCAAAGAAGGUUACUACGCUAAGUGGGCCAUAAGUUCUCUGACCGUUGCAACAAUUUCUUUGCGGUGACCAUCUAAUUUUAGGACUUAAAAUUGGUGGUAUGCUCUGCAUAUGCAUUGCACCACUCAUUUAAAGAAACUUAACUCCCUGGCAGCUGUAUGUGCUAACUGCUUCCUUGUUAGUCCUGGCAAAGGACCCAAGAAGGGGGGUAGGUACAGCCUUUAGAAUGAAUGGUCCCUUAUUGCUGGCCUAAAGCAUGUCGAUAAAGGAAGCAGCAGUAAAUUUAUAUUGCUUCAAGCCAGGAUUUAUCGUUCCUAUGAAUGUAAGAGACAAGGCAGCUUCUCGCGCUGAAGGCAGUCAAGUCAGCACCUUUCAUUGGCACAGAGCUUUCUCUAAGAGUUCUAACGCUGAGCAUUUUCCAAAUACCAGCUGGCUUAGCUGUAUUGUCUCCCAUUACAAAUCACUGUUUCCCAUAUUCUAGCUCUGCUUUUGGUCUCAGACCUAGCUUGAAAAUACCAAUCAGA